GCCGUAAGCUUGUGGCCAAGUCGGUCCUGCUCCCGGUAAUAGAGGAGGAGGUGGAGACGACUGCAAAGCGGCGAAUUCGUUUUAUGUCCUGGAACGUGGGAGGACUAUCGGAGGUAUUUUUUGCGGAGCUGCAGCAAUGGCUACAGCUUGAGAGACAGAAGGACAUCAGCAUCAUCAUACUGCAAGAGACACACUGGAAUUUCAGUGGAGGCUGGUCUACGACCAACUGGCAUUUUUGCCAUUCAACAACGGGCAGGAAAGGAAGCGGGGGCAUCAUGGUUGGUGUUCGGACAGAUGUUGUGGACAUGCAUGGCAUCAGGUGGUAUGAAGCUGAUCCAGGAAGACUCCUACAGGUACGAUUCUUCUUGGACAAACAACAAAUAGAUGUCCUGGGAUUUUACCAGUAUGCGUUUCUUCAGAAGGUCGCAGAUCGUGAGAACCAGGUUAGUGGAUAUGGCCUAUUGCACAGAGAUCUGUCGGAGAAAGAACGCGCGGACCAGGACCAUCUGAUGCGGAUACUGCAACGACAUAAGCUCAAGGCGUUGAACACGUGGAGCAGGAAGUCCACCGCUGCCACAUAUGUUCAUGCAAAGGGAGGUAGCCAGAUCGACUUCGUGUGCUCCCGCCAAUCAGUUGCGGACGGAGAGGCAAAGCGGGCGAGGCCGGUGGACACAUACAUGGCCGGCUGGAGGGUUACAGGGCACAAGCCGGUAGUAGCCUCCAAUCCCCAUCGCUGGACUCCGUGGAAGCAGCCAAAGAGGCAGGACAACAAUGUCUUGAAGGAUUUAGGCGACAACGCGCCACUGCUACGGUACUGUCAAGAGAACCAGCCGUGUAAUGUCAAGCAGCUGCGGGAGGCCGUACAAAGAGCUGGUGGCAUAGCACCGACGAAGGCCAAGAAGCCGGAGCUUGCUCCAGUGGACGACUCGAUCAGCGGAUGCUGGAAGCUGCGUCGCAAACUACACAUUGCUCAGACGUUGCUUGGUGCGGGUUUCAUCUUUGUUUUUCGGUACUUCAGACUUCGGCUCGCUUAUAACAGGGCGCAUAGAAAUCUCAAGAAAGCGCUACGUGCUCGAAAGCGGCAGCGCACCCUGGAACUGCUGUCGCAAGCCGAGACGGCAGCCAGUAAGAAUGAUGUCAGGGGAUGGUAUGGCAUCGUCAAUUUACUGUGUCCAAACAAGAAUGCGCAGCGCAUCAGGCUAAGGGAUAAGGAUGGCAACUUGAUGUGUGGAGCCGAUGAGUGUCGUGAGCUAGCACAGUACGCGAGGGAACUCUUCAUGGCGCCGGAGUACCCGAAGCUGCAGCUGCUACCAAUCGCGGCAGAGGAGAUGUGCAUUGAGCGCUGGCGGCGUGCAGCAAGGAAGCUGCAAGCUGAGAAGGCGGCACCCAACAACUCCCCCCCGCUUCGGAACUGGAAACAGCAUAGUGAGCCUGUUGUCACCAUUCUCCAAAAGCUGGCUUCUGGCAGUCUGUGUUGUGAGGAACCAGUCAUACCAACGGAAUGGACGGAGGUACAGCUGGCGUGGCUGGCAAAGCCGCGGAAGAGCCCGAGUACGCCGGCAAAUCUGAGGACGGUGGGUCUGAUGGCAGGGGACACCAAGAUGUUCAUGAUGGUUCUGAAAGAUGCUAUUUCAGAAAGGGUCAUGCAGGGAUUGUGGGACAUUCCCCAAUUUGCGUACCGCAAGUUCUCCAGCACGAUUGAUGCUUUGCUCAGGGGCAGUCUACACUGCGAGCAG